UUACACGUGAAAGGUAACCGACGUGAAACAGCGGUUUUAACGUGAGAACUCAACGAAGUCGACUUUAUACCGUUACUUUCUACUGACAGAAGCUAAUAUAAUUUAGCAUCAUCGUCAGCAGCGCCUCAGAACAAACAAUCUCAAUUUUUAUUUAUUUAUUUUUAGGAAAAUGAGCCGUUAUUUUGUCCAGCUGACACGUUUGACACGGUAAACCUUCACCGUGUAUCGUGUUCUGUUUAUUCACUGUUUUAUUUCUCUCGCCUCUGAGGUGACGAGGCUACAUCGGGAAAGAGGGUGGUCGUGAUACCGCAUAGCCGCGCGCGAGCACGGAAACGCGCGUGGUGCGCGGCGCGUGAGCAUUCGCCUCAGGAAGACCGGCGCGUGCCAUCAGGAGCUGGAUACCUGUUAACUUUUCUGUGUGUGUGUGUGUGUGCGUGCGUGUGUGCGUUUGAGUGUGUGGCUCGUCGUCGCAAGAAGAGCAUCGUGGUCACUGUUCGGCAUUUCGUAAUGGACGCGAAAGCCUUCGGUCAAGUUUUUCACCGUCCUGUUCUUGCGGUCUCGCGCACAGGCUCGGCUACGGGACUGUAACCGAGUCGCACGCGGAAUAUUUCCGAGGCGAUAAAAGCGUGCAUUCGUUGCGAAGCGGAUUUAUAUCGUUCUAUACGACUACGAUGUCAUUUGCACGGGUUUGCUUGGGAGCUCUGCUGCUGUGGAUGAUUGUUUCUGACGUUGCAGGUAAAGUUUCCCCCACCAACUAUGAUGCCCUGCUCAAUGCCCCUGCUGCUACUGCCACCUCCAGCCCCCCAGAACUCUACCUUCCUGCCAGCUUCAAGCUCUCCAACACCCAACUGGCCUUCUUUCUUGAAGAGAGCCGAAGUCAGGGCCGAAAUGUCCCUGGUGGCCACCCUUUGCAUCGUUCGGAGAGCUUUGUGGUCUUUCAGACCAGGGAGUUACCAUCAGUCAACAUCUCUUUGGGUCCUUUCACCCAGGACCAGACUCUUUCCAAAGAUCUUUUACAGCCUUCGAGUCCCCUGGACAUCCCGGGUAGACUGACAGUCAAUUGGAAGGUGCGAGCCUUUAUUGUACAGUCUAAGGUAUUUGCAACUAACCCAGUGGUCCAGGUGCUGUUUUACAUUGCAGGCCGGGACUGGGAUGACUUCAAGGUCCAGGACAAGCUGCCCUGUGUGAGGUUACAUGCCUUCCGGGAUGUUCGGGAGAUCAAGACUUCUUGCAGGCUCCAGGGUAACUUGGCACAAUGCUUGGCCCAGCUGGAACUUCCUUCUACGUGGUUCAAUGUCAAUGUGGCACCUUUGGGCCGCAGAAAGUCCUCAGUGGCAGAUGUUCUGGAGAUGACUGGGGAAACCCUCCAGGCGGAGCUCUAUUACACCCUCCAUGAUCCAGACAGCAAAGGGGAGUGCAGCGAUAGUUACCCACGGCGAGGAGGAGGUUCCAGGGGGGAGAGCACACCCCAGCAGCCACUACUUCGGAUAGGGAGCAUCAGCUUGUACCAGCCCAGUCAGGAGCAACUGGUAGUGGACAAGCAACUGGACAAGAACCUCUUCUUGAGACUACCUGACAAACCGUUAAAGCCUGGCGAGACUCUCAACAUCUACCUGUAUUUGGUGCCGAACUCAACAGUGGAACAGUUCACUCUCAAGGUGAAAGCGAAGAAGGGGGUGAAUCUCCUCAGCACCAAGUCAAAGAGCAGCCAGUGGAAGGUGGACUGGGAGGUGCAGUCUGGGGCCAAGCACUCCAUCGCCACAGUGGAAGUCAGCAAGCUGAAAGGUGUUUCCGGCGACUUUGCUGCCAACCUCGAAAUCAUGCAGCUGGAUUUUGAAAUGGAGAACUUCACGAGCCAGUCGGUGACGAGGAGGAUCAACUGGAACAUCGAUUACCGCGGCCAGAAUCCACCUCCAGACUCGGAUAAGGUGGUGACCGAGUUGACGGUGGUGCAGAAGGAUAUCCAGGCCAUCAUACCGCUGUCAAUGGACACGGAGAUCAUCAACACGGCCGUGCUGACCGGCCGGACCGUCGCCAUCCCGGUCAAAGUUGUCUCCAUAGAGUUGACUGGGAUGAUCACAGACAUCUCGAUGUUUGUGGAGUGCAAGUCGUCCAACGAAGACAUCGUCAAGGUGUCUAUGAACUGUGAUUAUGUGUAUGUGAAUGGUAAGGAGACACGAGGCUCCAUGAAUGCACGUGUGAUCUUCAGUUACGAGCACCUGAGCACCGCUCUGGAGCUCACCGUUUGGGUGCCUAAGCUGCCUCUAAACAUCCAGCUGUCUGAUAACAGCCUUAGCUUCAUCAAGGGAUGGAGAGUCCCAAUCCUCCCUGACCGCAGGUCAGCUCGUGACAGUGAUGAUGACGAUGAAGAAGAGAGGAAAGUGAGCCGUGGCUGCACACUGCAGUACCAGAGAGCCCAGGUGAAGGUUCUCACCCAGUUCCACACUACCUCCAGCGAGGGCACCAACCAGGUGAUCACUAUGCUGGGGCCUGACUGGCAGGUGGACGUCACAGACCUGGUGCAAGACUCACUGAAAGUUGUGGAUCCACGUGUGGCUGAAUUAGUAGAUCACACUGUGUUGGUGGCCCUGGAGCAAGGAUCGACCAUUCUGAAGGUUGAAUCCCCACUGGCAGUGGAGGCCGUGUUGGGCGAGGUACAGUUCUCUGUACUAGAUGAUAAAGUUUCCAUUAUGGAUCUGCGCGUCCAUGCAAUUUCUGGUCUCACCCUGAGUCUCCAGCCCAGUCCAGGAAACAGUCACACCAUGGUGGCAAAGGCGACAGGGCUACAGACGCUGUCCAACCUUAAACAGGAAGCCAGCCUCUCCAUUUGGGCUUACUUCAGUGACAACACAGCAGCCCCACUAAGUAUAUAUGACCCGAAGGAUUACAACCUUAAUGCCUCAACACUGGAUGAUAAGGUGGCCUCUGUUUCCCAGGAGCCUCAGCAAAGGUGGCCGGUCAUCGUCGCAGAGGGGGAGGGAUCCGGGGAGCUUGUACGUGUGGAAAUGACCAUAUGCGAAGCGUGCCAGAAGACUAAACGAAAGAGUGUUAUCGCUUCUUCUCCGGUUCAUGUGAAAGUGCGGUUUGGUCUUGAAGAGGACUCUGAGGAGGAAGAGGAAGAGGUGGAGGUGGAGACCAAACCGCCUCUCAAUACAGGGAGACCAAUCCUUGAUCCUAACAUGGGUGGUACUGGAUACGAGCCGUCCAACGAGCAGCCUGCAAGUGUACCAAUUGACUAUACCAACUUUCCCACUAUCAGUAACCAGGACCGUCCUACCGUGGAGGAAGCAGGUGAAGACGAAGUGUUUACUCACUCGCCUCGUAGCAUGACUGACUUGGAGAUCGGCAUGUAUGCCCUCUUGGGUGUUUUUUGCUUGGCCAUUCUGGUUUUCUUGAUCAACUGCAUUGUGUUUGUCCUUAAGUACCGCCACAAGCGAAUCCCACCUGAAGGUCAAGCCAACAUGGACCACUCCCACCACUGGGUGUUCCUAGGAAAUGGGCAGCCCUUACAAGCUCAAAGUGACCUUUCACCCCAGACAGCAGAAAGUCCAAGUAAUCCUUUGGAAGGGCCACAGACCUGCUGCCAUGGAGAUCACCACAGCAGUGGCAGCUCCCAGACAAGUGUACAAAGCCAAGUGCAUGGGCGAGGAGAUGGCAGCUCGGGCGGCUCCACCAAGGAGCAUGGCGAAGAUGCAAGUUCUCCCACGUCCAAGCGCAAGCGAGUCAAAUUCACCACCUUCACCACACUUCCUGCUGACGAGCUGCCCUACAACUCCAUCCCCAUUGCAGAUGAUGAUGAUAUCCAGUGGGUGUGUCAGGACAUGGGGUUCCAGGACCCUGAAGAACUACACAACUACAUGCGCAGGAUAAAAGAAAUAGCCUAAUGGUGGCUUUGGGAUUUCUUAAAACUAACCUUUCCUUUCUAAUCUUAUCUUUUUCCCCUUACUCUUAAGAACUUAUCUUUUCACACAAAUGGAGAAGGUGACUGAGGACCUCCUGUCCUGUUUCUCCUUGGGUGUCCCUUUGCACAGUGCUCUUGCUCUUUUAAACGUUCACAGAUUUUUGGAACUUUUACUUUAAACAGUGGAUGGAAAGCCAAAUACGAGACUAGGUGAUCUUUUAAUCUCUAGCACAAAUGGCUAUAGAGUGUAUGUCAUCCUUUCUCAGGUGAAGAGGACAUACAAUCUCAAAAGGGAGUUCUGAGCAGGGAGUUCUGAGCAAUGGUGUCAAAAUGGAUUCCUCAAGUGCUCCAUGAGAAGAUAUGGGUCACCCUGCCAUGGACAGGAUAUUUCGCAGAGGAAUGCCGCACUGUGUCCGUAUGUUGUUUUUUUUUUUUUUUUAUUGUUUUUUGUUUUUUUCGUUCUCUUUUUCAAACAUCCGAGUAUUCUUCUCCAACAAAGAGGCCUUUGUAGUGCAGAUUUCCAUUUUACUCAGAGAAAGGUGUUUAGGUGGGGUUGUCCUCGCACCAUCAUUGGCUACCAUUCAAUAAAUAUCAGAGACAGUACAGCAUUUUGGCCAGUAUUAACAAAUAUUGUCUCUCUUUCCCAUUGUUCAACAUCAUAUUAGUGACAUUAUUAUUUUUUUUUUUUGUACUAUUAUAAUCUUUCACAUGUGUAGCAUUUUCUACAUCAUACCACAUCCAUUGGGCAUGACAUCUUUGGCUCACUCACUUUCCUGAUAAAGUCAGAUGCCUUAUUAAAUCAGUUUGAAUCACAACCUUUGUGUUGACACCAUGUUUGUUUGCAUCCCAAAGGGUCAACACAAGAAAGAUAAACAAAAAAAACAAAAAAAAAACAAAAAAAAAAACGGGUAGCUACACAGACUACUAUGUGUAAUUGAAAUUAAAAUUAGCAGAGGUGAAGGGGUGCUUGUAUGUUAUGACAGUAAAAUAUCUUCAUAUCUCCAGCAUUUGUAUGCAUGAAAGGAGAGUUUGAGAAACCGCCAGCUGUUAUUCCUCCCAGAUUUGUAAAUGUGUGUCUUGUAAUAAUUAUCUAAUCAUACAUACAUAAAGACCAGUAGAGGACAUAUAAUGUUGUGACAUGCUUUACAUGCAUGCAAUUUCAGACAUUUUGCCUCUUGUGUACAUACCAUAUUAUUGUCUACCGACACUCAUCAUUAAUUAACGUUUAUGCUUCAGUUUUCCUCAUGAGAGAGGAUAGAUACCAUGGUGCUGACGUCUACGGUUAAGGCUAACAUUUACUUUUCAUAAAAUCGGCAAAUUCACUGAAGGGGAAAGGAAGAGAGACGUGAGAGACGUGCAUUUGCUUCUCUUUUGGGAUGUUUUUUCCUGCUUCUCUGGGCUUGCUAGAAUUUUCUGUUAAUAAUGUUGGCACCUCUGUAGCGGUCAGAUUUGUCCAUCAUUUCAAUGUCUUUUUUUUUUUUAAAAUAAAAAGUAUAGGUCAUACUUUUCCCAAGGAAACAACGCUAAUUAAAACAGGAGAAAGCUACUUGAGCUAAUGCAAGAUGCGUGAAUCUGUGUUGUAGUGAUCACUAACUUUGUUUUUCCCGGAAUUUUUUACUCUUAUUUAUACCAGUUGUUUGUUCAUAUUAAUUAUUUUUUAAUGAUUAAAAUAAGAAUGGAAGUAACGCUUUAUUAUGCUUGCCUUUUUUAUACAAGUAAAUGCUUAGGAAAAAUGCAAAAUUACCCCUUGUUUUAAUUUGAGGUUUAUGACCUAUGUGAUUUCUUUAGUUAUUUACAUUUUUGCAACUUUAUUGAUACACAGAUUAUAUAGACACGGUAGUUUUUUUUUAAUAGCGCACAUUAAAGUCAGUGUAUGUACUGAAACUGCUAGUUCAACUUGGUAGGUUGGGGAAAAGACUGUUCUAGGGAUUCGAUCAAUUUCAUUUGUUCACAAGCACGUUCAUUUCUCCAUUGUGUGUAACUUGUGUCUUGCUCACGCGCACCCAUUAAUUAUCGUAACAUGACUAUAAACGUAUUUCGUGUCAUUUGGUUUAUUUGUUGGGUUUUAUCCUGGCUAAAUGGUGCAACAUUCUGCACUCAGUCUCAGAAUCACAGAGGACCUAAUAUUGACCCCUGCAGCAUCUCCUGAACUCCAUUUGCAGAAAAUUACAAAGUUUCUAUUAAAAUUAUUUACUGGAGCUUAUGGAAUUUAUUUAAGUUAUGUAAAUGAAAUGGGAAACAGGACAUCCUGUAUAUUUUUCAUGCUAUUUUUCCAAAUGUUCUUCACUUUCAAGGUUCUACCCGUUAAGUGUUAGUGAAAUAUUUUGCUUUCCGACCCAAAUGCAAUUCACACGUACAGCGAUGGUGGCUCAGGAUGAAUGUAAAAUCAAAACAGAGUAACACCAACCCAGUGUAUCAUUAAGGUUAACCAUUAGGGUGUUAAUGCUUAAUAAAAUUACUGGCAAGGUUCUAGUAGCAGCUCACACACACACACUUUGUCCACAGUUUACCUUUAAUAAUUUCAAUGUCAUGAAAGAAUGUUACCAACAUUUUGCAUUUCUUUCCUUCAUUUAUUCGGAUGUGCAAGCAGUUUUCCGUUUUGAAAUCACAGUGUCUGUUUUCCAAAGGAGGUGCUACUAGGUCUUUGCCCUGACCUCAUCAUCUGAUGUGGACGUUAAAGCUCGACUCUAUGGGAAACUGCUAAAGCACGGAAAUGGCAGUGCUGUGCUGCCUCACUCUUAAUGUACAGAGCACUGUUACGACUUCCUGUAUUUUCCUGGAUUUAAACAAAAAAAAAAACAAACAAAAAAAAAAUCGAACACCCUUGUAUUCCCCGAUUAUAUGUAAGUACUUAUGAAAAUACAAAAUACAGAAACCUU